ACUCAACUCAAGCACCUGAUCGGAAGAAGGCGAACGAGCCGCUUCUCGGGGCGCCGUAAACAGAGAGAAGAACGCGUUUGUUUCGCUAGUCAGUAGUGACCGAACCUUUGGAGGUAUCACUGCUCUUCCAGGCAACCUACUUAUUUUCUUCAAACUCCACACUGGCUCCUUAAGGCCAAGGUAAAAAACCCGCCCGGCAACUUUUCGUCCCGCAAAGGCUCGAGUAUGGCUCUCCAACACGCGUCGCCCGAACAACUCGUUAGCAUCUUGCAAGAGCUGAACGAGUCGUCCACAGAGAAGAGGGACGCAGCCCUGCAACACCUCAAGAUAUGGCUCGUCUCGCAACCCCAUCUGCCCAACAAAAUGGACGAGAGGAUGCUGAUGACUUUUAUUCGCGGCUGCAAGCACGACCUGAACAGGACCAAGUCCAAGCUGGACACUUAUUUCACGAUGCGCGCCGACGCGCCCGAGCUCUUCAGCGAGCGCGACCCGCUCAACGAGGACGUCCAGAGCAUGUUCAAAACCAUGGAUGUGUUCCCGGUGGAACGUCUGACGCCGUCCGGAUGUCGAGUGACUUUCCACAAGUUCCGCGACCUGGAUCCGGCUUCUUUCACGGCGCGGGCCUGCUUCAAAUUUGUCUUCAUGCUCGGCGACAUUCGAUUGAUGGAGGAAAAAGCCCUUUCUGGUGACGUGUACCUCUUUGACAUGAAGGGCAUGACCUUCGGACACCUCACCAGACUCGCCAUGCCCGUCCUCCGCAGGAUGCUCACCUGCGCUCAGGACGCUUAUCCGCAGCGCUUGAAGCAGAUCCAUCUUUUCAACGUGCCCAACUACAUCGACAAGCUGCUGACGCUCUUUCGCUCGCUCAUGAAGGAGAAAAUGAGGAGCAGGUUCCAGGUGCAUUCAGGUCACGAAACCCUGCACAAACAGCUCCCGCCCGAGUGCAUUCCCAACGAGUACGGCGGCACCGCCGGGGAGGUCGACGUCCUUAAAGACGCGUGGAAGACGAAGAUUGAGAGCUACCGCUCCUGGUUCCUGGAACAGGAGAACGUGAAAGCGGUCGAGGCGAAGCGACCCGGCAAGCCGAAGCACCUCCUGCAGAACGAAAUCUACGGCUGGGAAGGCUCGUUUCGGAAGUUGGCCAUUGAUUAGGCCCGCGGAUGAACUUUAGCCGAGUGCGUGUGUGUUUCGUAUAUAUGAGUGCGCGUUUUUCUCUCUACGUUGAGACUGCAUGCGUGCGACCAAAGCAACCAAACAAAUAUAUAUAUUUUCUCCGUAAUGAAAAAGAGACGCGUGAUGCAAUUCCGAGUGGAGAGAGAAGACGAAUAAAUUGAUCCCAGGGCAGUGGGACUCGCUCUGCUGCUGUGGAUAAGCGGCGGCUUGCUUCACGAGAAAAGCGCCGCGUUUAUUGGACUUAAAGGAGAAGUGCGCGAAUGAGAGCUCAACAGAGUUUGCGUUGAAAUCACUGGCGUGACGUGGUUGCAUUGGUGUAUGUACUUGUGUCAAUUUUAUCACAAUUGCUGCAGUCUGGAUUACGAUUAUUGUCCUAUUUUGUACGAAAAGCGAAUUUCCAUAUCAAAUAAAAGUUUGCAGAUAAUUAUUAUAAAAUUUAAAUAACUUUUGUUUAAUUAUGAUUCCUACAUUUUAUGUUAACGGGCAA